AUGCGUGCGAAAGUUCCAGAUGAGCAAACGCAAGCAACACCAUUAGAGACGAUGACAACGCCCAAGGCAAUUGCAUGGAUUGUUUGCCUUACUGUUUUUAUAGUUCUUUCAUGCGUUGUUUCGUUUUCAUCAAAAAAUACAAAUUAUCAAGUUAAAAGCGAUCUUGCAUUAGCCAUUCCUCAAACAACAGUAGCAAAUAGUGCUCAAUUCAAGCGUUUUACACCCCUUAGCUCCUUUGCAGUCUUAUCAUUCAAAGCUUACACAGCAUCAGAAGUUAAAGACUUUGAAAUCAAAUUCAGAGGCACAACAAGGCUUUACAAUAAGCAAAUGCAGCAGAUAUCUAUUCGUGAUAUCAAUAUUUCUCGUAAAGUUAACUGUAAAGAUAAGGUUUGCGAUGAAGUCAACGUCAUGACCUACAAUUUCGUGAACUUUUCAGCAAUUUCAUUUGUUGGAUACGUCAGCAGUGACGUUGAAAUCUUCCGCAGAGUUGAUUUAAUGUGUACAUCACUUAACUCGGGAAUUUCCAUUGCAUUCUUCAUCCUUAUCUCCGCAAUGACCGUUGCUCUUGUCAUUGUUCUCAUUUUCGUCGUUCCAAGAAGGUUAUAUCCGUCUCGUCCUGAUCAUUGGGGAGUUUUAUACCUCGCCAUCGCUGCUGUAUGCAUUGAUGGACCAUGGCUUCUUUUUAAGUACUACGCAGCCUCAUGGUUUUCGAACAUUUACGACAUUAUGCCAGAAAUUUUCCACAUUGUCUUCAUAAUGUUCAUCAUGGCCUUGUUCAAUGGUCUUACAAACGGAUGGGCCAACAGAAUCUUCGGAAGCUGGAUCAUUUCCGGAGUUAUCGCAUUUGGUCUCUGCGUGGUCAUUGUUCUUUCAUCAAUUGCCACCUCCUACGCUCCUCUUAAUGCUUCCUCGAUCUUCCUUUCCGAAAGCGUUUGGAAAAUCCCGAUUUACAUCAUUACAAUCUCGAUGCACUUGAUUAUCUUCUCAAUUUGCGUUUUAGGUGUCGCCAACAUCCAGAUUAUCAACGAUUAUACACUUAUUCUUACAGAAUUGGCCUGCAUUUACAUAGAAUGCUUCGAUAUUUUACGUGUCUUCCUCAGAUUCUUCUGCCCGAGACAACAACUUGGUUUAUCAUUCGCUGCUGAUGUUCUCUACAUUCUCAACGCUAACUUUAUCACAAUUUUCUUCCUUGCAAACAAUCUUCCUGUUUCUCUCGCAAUUAACGCAGGUGAAGACCUCCAGGAGGCUAUGAUACCUGAUGAGGCACCAGCAACAAUGGAUGUUGACACUUCUAACCUUUAA